UUGGAUUCGUCAGUAACCGGUUACACCCUUAAACAACUGUUUGACGCAGCAGCGCAAAACCGAAAGUAAAUGAAAGAAACAGAACUUAAUGUUCGGUCUCGUUUCUUCCAGUGAAGGUUAACUUUCCCCCGAAGAGGCCACCGAGGAGCAGACAGGACGCAGGAUGGUGGAUGUUGGUUCAGCGUCUGGGUGCAUGAAUUCAUCUGGAGGCCUCAGUGCGGCGAGCUGUGCGGAGCAGUUUCUAAUGUUCCAUCAUGGAUGAUCGUCUCUCCAUUGUCCUUCUGGGAAAAGUUGGAGUCGGCAAAAGUGCUUCAGCAAACACCAUUUUAGGACGAGAAGCGUUUGAAUCCAGAACAUCAUUUGGAAGAGUCACCAAACACGUCUCAAUGGAAACAGGAACGGUGUUUGGGAAAUCUGUUACAGUCAUUGACACCCCAGAUAUAUCAGGAUCAGAGGAACAGAUUAAAAACUUCUGUCAGUAUUUCCUCCAGGAGUCCAUCCCUACUCUUUUCCUACUGGUUUUUAAAAUUGAUCGGUUCACCGAUGAAGACCAGGAGACUGUAGAGGCAACAACCAGAGUUAUUGGGCCUCAAGGCAACAACCAGAGUUAUUGGGCCUCAGAGGAUGAAAAACUGUUUCCUGCUCUUUAGAGGUGGAGAUACAAUUACGUCAUUAUCAAACUACAUUUCAGACUAUAAAUCAAGCUUACUUCCAGAGGUAGUCAAAUGUUUUUCAUCAAGAACUCAUCUUUUCAACAAUAAAGAUGAGGGACGGAGACAGGUCAGGGAGCUACUGUUGAAGUCUGGACACAUCACAACAGGAAGCUUGUGGACAAAUCCAAUUUCAAGCAAACCCAAAAGACCAGCAAAUGUGUUAAAAGGCAAAAGAACCGACCUGGAGACGGUUUUGGAGGAUCUGGGAUUGGAUCAGUUCUACUGGGAGAAACUGUCACUCAGCAAGAUACUGGAGAUCAAUGAGAAGACCAACAAUGAUGAGCCUCCAAAGUGUAAAUCUGAUCUUCCAUGGUAUUUUCUUAAGAAACUGAUGAUGGUGAAUGUAACAGUUAGAGAGAUAAAAUGCACAUCAACGUCUGAGUCCAACUGUGAUGAUUCAUCGAGUGAUGAUUUUGAUCUUGAUGAUCUUCUUGCUUGUCCAAAUAAGGAUGACUCCAUAAAUCCUCUUGAUUUAAUCACUGCCCUCUUUUUGUGUUCUGAUGGUUUUGUUCAUCAAGAACUGGCUCUAAAAAUGUCCAUGUGUCAGUUCUCUGUUCCUCUGCUGCUUCCUAACUGUGAUACACAGCAGUGCACCCUCAUGCUGUGGGCCAUGAGAGACAUUGUUAAGAAGUACAGACCUUCAAAUCUUUCAGAAUCAAAAGGCUUCAUAGAAGAAAGAAUAGUUCUUUCUGAACUUCCAAUGAUCUCAUUUGUGAGACUGGGUGAGUGCUCUCUGUCCAAAUCAGAGAUCCUCAAUAAACUUUUGAGUAACUCUGAGCAAUACCAUGACACCUUUGUUCACCACAACAUGGAGUGUGGAGACAUUCAGAGAAGAAUAUCCAAUGGACUGACUGAAAUGACCUGGUACCUUCCCUGUGGAAACAAAAACAUGGACAUCUUCAGUGAACCUGUUGCUAUAGCUAACCUUCGUGGAGACAUUGCUUCAUUUGAAACUCAAUUCUUCUUUUUGUGUCAGACAUCUGCUGCAGUUUUUGUUUUCAUCGAUCAGCUGGACUCUGAGUGUAAACAGCUGAUGAACAAAAACCACAAAGCAAAGAUCUUCUUGGUGGGAAACCAACAGAACAAAAACUUCAGAGUUGAUUCUGUUAAAAAAAAUGGCAACCAGUCUGGCCUUGACUAAAAAUAAUAUUCUAAUAAAGACAAAACAAACAAAUGAUGCAGAUUUUGUUAAACUACUGAGGAAAAGAGUCAGUGAUGUAAUUAAUAACUCACAGUUGAAGAUGU